AUGAAGCUCAAGAAGAAGCGCGCUGCACGUCGACCGAGUCCAACAACGCUGCCUGUGGGUGGAUGCCUCAUGCUCGAUGAUGUGCCUCCGCAGCUGCUAGCGGGCACUAUCAAUGACAAUGCAAGCCGUCUCGCCUUAGCUGCUGCUUCCCAGCAUGACCUGCAGGCCGAAAUUGCCAAUCUCACCCAGGUACUGAUGGCAUACAACGAAGCGAAUGAGCCGCUCAUCGUGAAGCCAAGCUUGGACAAGCUAGCCCUCGCAACGAAGCGGAUACAGCUAGUGAAUGCCAAAUUGCUAGGAAUUGAGAAGCGACUGCAAGACGUGGAUCGCAUUCUCCAGCGGAGGCAAGUACAGGAAGAUUUCUCCCGUGGGUCUAACCAAUGA